UUCGAGCGAGAAGGAGAGCAGCAGCAGCAGCAGCACAGCGAGAGAGAGAGAGAGAGAGAGAGAGUUGGUUCAGAACAGAGGCUAAGCGUAGAGUCGAGAAGAAUGAAUGGUGAAUUGGAGUUACCACCUGGAUUCAGAUUCCACCCAACGGACGAGGAGCUGGUGAAUCACUAUCUGUGUACCAAAUGUGCCUCUCACUCCAUUGCUGUUCCCAUUAUCAAAGAGAUCGAUCUCUACAAAUUUGAUCCAUGGCAGCUUCCUGAAAUGGCACUGUACGGUGAGAAAGAAUGGUACUUCUUUUCACCGAGGGACCGGAAAUAUCCUAACGGUUCGAGGCCGAACCGGGCUGCUGGAAGUGGGUAUUGGAAAGCGACCGGAGCCGACAAGCCGAUUGGUAAGCCGAAGGCACUGGGAAUAAAGAAGGCACUCGUAUUCUACGCGGGUAAAGCCCCCAAUGGCAUCAAAACGAAUUGGAUCAUGCAUGAAUAUCGCCUCGCUAAUGUUGACAGAUCCGCCGGCAAGAAGAAAAACCUAAGGCUUGAUGAUUGGGUUUUAUGUCGAAUUUACAACAAGAAAGGCACGAUCGAGAAAUACAAUGUGGCGGAUCAGAAAGCGGGCAAGCUAUCAGAGUUCCAUGACCAUGAGACCAAGCCGGAAAUCAAAUCGUACGACCACAACAAGGGUCAGGUACCGGCGGCACCGUCGGCGUUAACAAACGACCAGUUCUAUAUGGACACGUCGGACUCGGGGCCGAGGUUGCACACGGAUUCAAGCUGCUCGGAGCACGUGGUUUCGCCGGACGUCACGUGCGACAAGGAGGUACAGAGCGAGGCCAAGUGGAACGAGCUAGGGCUAGGAGAAGAUGAUGGGUUUGAUUUUGAAUUGAAUUACGGUUAUAAUAAUAUGAAUAUGAAUAACCUCUCGGGAGAAGAUCCUUUUGCCUCCUCUGUACAGUACCAAAUGAACCAGCUCUCGCCAUUGCAGGACAUGUUCAUGUUUCUACAGAAGCCAUUUUGAACAACACAGAAGAAGAAUGGGUCCCACUCGAUUCAAUUCAUUCUACGAAAGAGAAUUAGAUACGAACUAAGCACGUGUUGAUUGUGUAAAUAUUCUGAACAGCUCUUCAUAAUGGACUUGUAUGCUUUGAUGAGUUUUUAUCAAUAUUUUACACAGUUAACUAAUAUUAAGGUAUUCAAUCGAAAAGCUUGAAGUUAGGACCAUAUUGCUAAUAUGGAAAGAUUCUGUAGGACAUUCUUGUUCCUCGGGGACUGUGGCAGAAUUUUUUCAUAUAACUGUAAUUGUAACAUCUAACUUUAUUCGUCGAUUGAAUGAAAACGCUUAGCUGUCAAUUUUUACAAAA